GACAAACAGAGCAGCUAUUGUUAGCAGAGAGCGGCCAGCCGGUUGAGUUUAUCCCACUCUCACUCACUCAACAACCCCUACCUGUUGAAUAUCAGCUCCAUUUAUUCAACGAGAACCGAGCCGCUGUCGAAGAACAAACCUGAACAGGUGAGGGAAAGGAAAAGUGUGUCACGGGAGGAAGGAAGGACGGAAGGAAGGAUUGAGGAAAGAAGGAAGUAAAUACUCGACCGUUGGGAACUCAACAGGUUAGCUACUUCAAUGUUGUAGCAGCGACUUUUUUUUUUUUUUACUUCCAACGUCGAAAAACAAACAAACAACAACAAGAAAAUGCCGCUGGGACCGUGGAGGAAGAAAAACAGGUCGACGAAGGAGCACUUGGUGGAGAACGAGGAGGUCGGCGGCGGACACGCAGGUGCCGGGAGCUUGUCUAAAUCCGCCGUGAACGGAGCGGGGCUGCCGCCUCCACCUGCCAACCUGCGGCCCAAACUGGUCUUCCACACGCAGCUGGCGCACGGAAGUCCCACCGGCAGGAUCGAGGGAUUCUCCAACGUCAAGGAGCUGUACGCCAAAAUAGCAGAGGCGUUUAAUAUAAGCCCACCUGAGAUCCUGUUCUGCACCCUCAACACCCACAAGAUCGACAUGGACAAGCUCCUGGGGGGCCAGAUUGGCCUCGAGGAUUUUAUUUUCGCCCACAUUAAAGGGCUCAAGAAGGAGGUGGAAAUUUAUAAAUCUGAAGAUGCUCUGGGCCUCACCAUCACGGACAACGGAGCGGGGUACGCUUUCAUCAAGCGUAUCAAAGAGGGCAGUGUCGUGGACGGGGUGAAGGUGAUCUGCGUGGGCGACCACGUGGAGUGCAUUAACGGUCAUAACAUCGUCGGGACACGGCAUUACGAGGUCGCCCGCAUGCUUAAAGAGCUGCCCAGAGACAAGUCCUUCACCCUCAAACUGGUGGAGCCGAUGAAGGCCUUCGAAAUGCUCGAGCCCAGGUCGAAGGGAGCCAAACCUAACAGCGACAACAAGAUCGGCACAGGGAGGGGGACUCUGAGACUCCGCUCCAAAGGACCGGCUACUGUAGAGGAGGAGCCGACAGAAUUUGAGGAGAAAGCAGUGAAGAAGGUCGACGACCUCCUGGAGAGCUACAUGGGCAUCAGAGACACUGAACUUGCUGCUACGAUGGUCGAGGUCGGCCGCGACAAGAAGAACCCCGAUGAAUUUGCCAUGGCGUUAGACGAGACCCUCGGAGACUUCGCCUUUCCUGACGAAUUUGUCUUUGACGUCUGGGGGGCCAUCGGAGACGCCAAGCAGGGAAGAUUUUAAGUUUUAAUCCUGCCCUUUCCACGGCAAUCACACACACACACACACACACACACACACACACACACACACACACACAAACAAACACAAACACACACUCCCUCCUUCCCCAACUCACAUCUCAAUAUCCUCGGUAGCAAACUGGACAAACCAGCAUAAACUGGGGGGUGGAUGGAAUGUGUAAAAGUGAGAUUUAGCAUGCGUCAUCUUGUAAAGAUAACCAUGAAAUGCAGUUUUCCAGCACUGGAGCUGCCUCCUGCGUGCUGAGGAGUUCCAGAUGUUGCACAAACCUCGCUCCAGCUGCAUCUUAAAAAGCACACGAUGACAGCAGACGUAAUGGUCUAUUACACUGGUUUAAAAAAUGGUAUGUGCACACGUUUAAAAUUUUAAAACAAUCCCUCAGUUUGAAUCACUCUAUAGCUGUGUUGUUUUAAAUAUACAGAUGCAUCACAGCUUUUUAUAGACUUUUUUUUAUAUGUGAAAAUGUUGCUGAUUUUAUAGCAGCAGCAUUGUGUAAUUAGUGUAAUUAUAGUAAAAAAAUAGCAAUAUUUCUCUCUAAAGCAACCUUUACCUCCCUAUCGUCUUUUCAAAUCUUUUAAAUGACCUCACAGUGACGAAAUGUCAGCGUUCACUUUGCUGAUGUGACAUUUACGCUGUGAUUUUCUUAAACCUCGUCUUUGUGCCCUUUCACAUCUCAGCUUGAGCAGUUCGUCCACCUGAGCAAUACAGAUUUUUUGUCUUUUAAUGCCUUUAGCCAAGUUUGAUGACACAUUCCACCGACGUUCCUCAUGUUUCUCUGUUAAUAAAAUUUAUUUUAGCAUCGUUAACAUGUCAUGAAAUGAGGCUUAUUUAGAGAUGCACGCUUAUUUGUUUUCGUGUAAUUUAUUUUAUCAUGAAAAAUCAUGCUGCAAGACAUUUUUACACUGAGACAUGGCUUUGUAUGAAAGAGAGUUCUUUGCUAAAUAAGCCUUUUUUUUGGAGGCUGUGUGUCUGGAGUGGGAUCAAAUUACAAUCCAAUGUCUUUAAUGAAUGCACUUGCAUUAAUGUACCUGCACUAUUUAAAUCACUGUCAGACUGAAUUUAAAUAGUGACUUGAUUAGUGUAAUCUACUGAUGUUAAAGGGGAACUACUCCCAUUUUUUAAAAAUUCAUACAUGAUAUUUCUAUGGUCUAAGAAAGUCCAAAAAUGCUCAUAAACAUGAGUAACUCUUUACCAAACUAAGUCCUAGAGUGCUAAAACUCAAAUACUUGAUGUCAUAACGUAUAAAGACUAAAGCUGCCCCAAAGACAAUAGAGAUCUUGCUAUAGAUCCGCUAUGAAGUCCCCUCUUUAUGAUGCCUUUGCAUUUUUACACAGAACUAAACAACAGCGGCAUCAUGCUGCUUCAAUGUGUGAUUUUAGACAGCAUGCCGGUAUUGUGGAACCAAAAAAGACCUGACGUUUAACACAACAACUUUGACGUCUGUGAACUUUUAACAAACAUGUCUUGAGUGCUUCCUAAACAAUAACAAUGGCAUUAACAAGGCGGUAACAAUCAUUUACUUUCAGUUUUAUGGCCAAUCUCGUCCUCAGCAGAGGGUGAGGAGCUCCCGAAUCAACUGCUAUUAGCUGCUUUUUAAAGCCACUUUUACACAGAGAGCCCCCUAAAGGGCCACAACGAAGUCCCCUCUGUAUACUGCCACUGCAUUUUUACACACAACCAAACGAUGGCGGCAUCGUUCCACUCCAGUGUGUGAUUAUACACUGCAUCGUGGCAUCCCGCAAUCAAGAGGCGUUACAGACUUGAUGUUUAACACGAAAACGUCUACCUCUAGCUCGACAUCAAAUAGAUGCAUCUGCAGCACUUUAUAAACAUUAACAAAUGCAAAACAUUUCAAUCACAAUUAUUUACCUUUUCUGUUAUAUGGCGGCUGAUCUCGUCCUCUGCUCUGAAGGUGAGGAGCCCCUGGAUCUCAUUGUUUUUCCAGUUUGCGGACAUUUAGGACCGCCGUUCUUCUUCUUUAUAGUAGCCGCACACAUAAAUACUUAGGUCGCGCACACAAACACAUCAUCAAAAUGUUACACCUCCUCACUCAUGGUCACGUCUUUUGAGCUUUAGGUUUUACACAGACCUACACAGAUGCUACUUUUUGUCCCUGGCUUAGAGGUGAGACAACUCUGCCCCCUCUUUUUCUGCGAUAGUAGCUUUUAUACAGAAUGGCGAGGCGGCAUAAAGGCGUAAUAUUCCCACCUUGAGGAGGCAGUGUAAAUGCAGCUUUAAUCUCCUGCAGUUGGUCGCACGCAUAACUCGUCAAAUUGUCCCACCCAUGGUCCUGUCCUGCCAGCUGUCCUGUUUAUACAGACGCUGUGUCAGCGCUGUUACUACCUCCUGUGGCGGCUUAAAGGUGAGACAAUUCAGUCUAACGUUGCAAUAUUCCCGCCUCGAAUAAGCAGUGAAAAGAGUUUUAUGAAUCGUGAAAGAUCACUCAGGGGAAUUAAGUGAGUAUAGAGUAGUAAUAGAAAAAAUAUUUUUUUCUGGAGCAACUCCAGACUUAAUACCUUAUGACAUUUCAAGUUUGGGACUGACUUAUCUAGGAGAGAGUAGCUCAUGUUCACAAAUAUUAAUUGAGCUUUCCUCGGCCAUGGAAAUUAAACGUGGAAAUUCUGAAUUCAGAUGGCGUUCCCCUUUAACUGUUGGCAGCAGCUGCGUAUUGUUUGACAAACCAUAAGGGAUCACUAUUGUUGGAUAGACAAUAAAAUUUGAUAUACUGUUACCACAGCUGUGUCAUGAAUUCAUACGGCUCACAAGCGACUCAGUACAACAAACUUUAUUUGCACACUUUGGCUGUGUACGUGUAUAAAAUACAUCAAGAACACAUAACCAAUGUUUUCAUCCCUAAUUCGAGUACAAAGAAAAAAAGAUUAGUGUCACUUCACGAGCAGCAAACCCAGAACAGGAAAAAAACAAUCAUGUAGAUAUAGAUAAAUACAUAAAUUGGCAGGUAUAAAUGAAUAAUUAAUAUUAUUUUAAAGACUGAGGAUAAAUCAGAAGUACAGAGCGCGUGUUUUAGUGCAUGGUAAAUAUUGUCACAGAUAUAACUAACGUACUGUAGAGGAUCUUUGGAAGCACAUCACAGUAGGUGU